AUGGAUUCGUUGAUUAUACUUGAUCGUGGGUGGACGCUGUAUUUAAUGGAUCAAUCAGGGAAACCAAUAUGCUCAGCAUCUUAUAUGGAGUUGUUUUUUACUGUGGUUUCUCUUUUCUCCUUCCUUAUGGUUGCUCUUUCGUGUAAGACUAAGAGGAUUUUCCUUUCGUCUCGGAAAGCAGUUGUUUCAUUGAGGGACAGCAACUCAGAAAAGAAACAAAGAGAGGAUGUUGUUAUAAAGACUUCACCACCACUGUCUCAGAAAGCAGUUGUUUCAUUGAGGGACAGCAACUCAGAAAAGAAACAAAGAGAGGAUGUUGAUCCUUCACCACCACUUUCACCACCACUUUCACCAGAUACCUCACCACAUCCUUCACCAGGUACUUCAGAUACUCUCGAGAAGAAGUCACAAAAUCUCCUCCAGGAUGCACCAGAGAAUGUUGGAGAGUUUGAUAGCGAAGUUGAAAAGCUUUUAAAUGCUCGUUGGACCGAAUUUCUCCAUGAAAAAGAUGGUAAAAGCAUUGGUAGAAGAAUGUUCAUUACGAAGAAGAAGAUUGCAAAUGGUAAAGAUCCUUCAGUGUUUGAGGGGUUUUGUCAUCCCGAGCGUGCAGUGGCGGUGAAACGGGUUGGUGUAUCUGAAUCUGUGCUGUACAAUAUUAUGAAUGAGAUAUAUAUCAGCAAUGCAUUAGACCAAGACAGAGGAAUCAUCCGUUUAUAUAGCUAUGACUAUGACAAGAAUUAUGCUUACUUCGGUUUGGAGCCAUGGAUGUGUGAUCUAGAAGAUUUGGUGAUCUUCUGUAAAGAGAAAGUACAGGAAAAAAACUCAACUAAAGAGUAUUUAGAGGUUCCACUGGAUGGUAAUGUUUUGUGGGAAGCUUUGGGCGUUCUCUCACCUGUUGUGCGAGAUUUAAUGAGGGAUAUGGCUUGUGUUCUUGAACACUUGCACAGCCUGAAAGUAAUUUAUCGAGACUUCAAUCCUCAAAAUGUGAAGAUUAUACUUAAAGGAAAGAAGCUCAUUGCAAAAUUGUCCAAUUUUGGAAACAGCAAGCGUAUCUCCCAUGAGCCAUCCUUCAGUUAUCCAGGUAGUAAGGAUUGGCGUGAGAACAAGAUCAGGAAUAAAACGAUCAAUAUCUCCAAAGUAAAAGCUAUCCCUGAAGCAUAUCACCUCAUCUCUCAUUUGCUAAAACACGAACCUCAUUUAAGGCUUAGUGCAUCUGAAGCCUUGCUCCAUCCAAUGUUUUGGGAUGCGAAAAUGUGGCUUUCUUUCCUACAUGAUGCUUCUGACCUGUUUCAGAGUGCUGGGAUUAAGUCAAAAACCAUGAGCGAUUUGUAUUCCAGAAGAGGGGAGGAGCUUGUGGGAUCGAAAUCCGAUGGGUUAGACCAGUUCUUUGCUGGUAAGUACCCAAGAUUGCUAAUGGUGACAUACGAGGUCGUAUCUUUUCAUUACAAAGGAUAUCCAUCAUGGAAAAAGUACUUGAAGCAAUUCAAGCAAGCAACCAAGAAAAGUUGUGAUACUGUUGUCAUCUAUGACUCUUUUGAAACUUGA